CACGCGUCGAGCUCAACAUGGUCAGUGGUCGGUAGGCAGCAAGGAGCAAAGCGCUCAACUUCCCGAAUCGAGAGCCUGGAAUUCCCCCUUUAUCAUCGCUCCUCGCCCUUUACUCACUUCUUACAUAGCCGUUUUUCUCCCGCAAAUCCAUGAGAGAGCAAUUCUCAUAGCUGCUGCCAGGAUGCCCGCCCCUGGUGACCAACACACCAGCAUCGCGAACCCGUUCGCCGAGCCGCAGCAGCGCAUCUCCGAAUACACGGCACAGGAGAUUGCCACGCUCCAGAGCCGACUCGAGAAGCAGCUUGGCCCCGAAUAUCUCUCUACGCGCUCGGGCCCGUCGGGGCAAAAGGUGCACUACAUCACCGCCGAGAAAUGCAUCGCGCUCGCCAACGAGGUCUUCGGCUUCAACGGGUGGUCCUCGAGUAUCCAGAACAUCCAGGUCGACUUUGUUGAGGAGCACCCGCAGACGCUGAGGGUGAACAUCGGCCUGUCCGUCAUCGUGCGCGUCACGCUGCGCGAUGGGACGUACCACGAGGACCUCGGAUAUGGACACACGGAGAACUGCAAGGGCAAGGCCGCCGCGUUCGAGAAGGCCAAGAAGGAGGGCACCACGGACGCGCUGAAGCGUGCUCUCCGCCACUUCGGCAAUGUGCUCGGCAACUGCAUCUACGACAAGGCGUAUCUGGCCAAGGUCACCAAGAUGAAAGUGGCGCAUCCUAAAUUUGACGAGACCGGUCUGCAUCGGCAUCCGGACUUCGUGGUCAAGAAGGAGCCGGUCGACGGUGAGACGUCCAAGGAGAAAGGUGCGCCGCCUGCACAGUAUUCGGAUUUCUCUUUUGAGGACUUCCUCGGAGAAUUGGACGAGGCCGACUUCAAUAUAUCUGAGGAGGGCCAUCCGGACGAGGUACUCCUACCAAACUCGAAUGAGACCGACUCGAACCAGUCUAAUGCGUCUAAUCGGAAUCAUCACCAACCGGAUAACGGCGGGAACAGCUCGAUGCAACCGCCAGGGAGACAGCUGGCGAGGACCGCUUCAGCAGGCAACAACCCCCCGCGGCAAGCGCCACAAACACCAGUCCAGCAACCUCCUCGGCCCAACACCAACAGCUUCCCUGGGGCGCAAAGUAAGGGUCCUCCUGCUGCCGCGCCCCCCCAGCAGCAAUUCAAUCAGAACCGGCCGGCGCCCCAACCCAACCAUGCCAACCAAACCCCAAAUCCUCAGGCCCAAAUGACGCCUCCACCCGCCGCUGGCGUCAAUGCCGCGGCUCCCGGUGGCGAACCCGUUGGCUUCUUGACUUCCAAGGCUGUUAAACUGCUCUCGGAAGAGGAAAUCAUCAAAGGCGCCAUCGCCCCCAUAGCUGGCCAAGUCUUCAAUCCGCGACUUGAGAGCCCAUCCAUCCGCAGGACGCCCGGCAUCGACCACUCGGUGACCAAACCGCUCAGCAAGAGCGGAAAGCACGUCCCGCCAAAGAAUCAUGUCGAUCUCGACGACGCGACCGACCCCGACACCGCUGCUUUCUCAAAGAAACCCACCUCCGCUCCCGGUCAACAACAACGGCCACCGCCACCGCCAGCACCACCACCACAACAGCAACAACAGCAACAACAUCACCAGCUGCAGCAGAACCAACCUCCAGGCGGUGCCGGCCCCGCCCGCCCCGCCGGGGGCCCGCCCGGGCGGCCCACGAACGUGAACGUGGUGAACCCGCAACUGGACCAGACCCGGAAGAUCGGCGCGCCGGUGGUGUCGUCCAGCCCGAUUGGGAACCGUGGCCAGUUCCGCCCGCCGACGGUCAAGCGCCCCGCAGCCGGCGAUCUGCCCACCGGCCCUCCUGGAGCUAAGACUUCCGGGGGUGCGGGAGCAACGAAUCCGCGGGUACCGCUGGGGGACGUGUCGAAUAGCUCGGUGAGGGGGAAUGAUGGCGGUGCGGAUGCCGGGCCGGGAGGGCCGGAGGUGAAGAGACAGAGGAUUUCGUGAGUUUGGAAGUCAGUGCGUACGGGCGUGGAGUGGUCAAGGGUUGUUUGGGGACAAGAGCUGGAGGGAAAGGUGCCGGGCGGAUGGUAUCAGACGAGGAUGUCACAUGGCUGGUGGACGAGCUUGUGAAUUGCAACAGGGCGCUGCUGGAUUGGUGCGGUGCCUGCUGCCUGCUAGGUUCUAUUACAUGGCUUGUUGUCGGGAUUAAAAGGGGAACUGCUGGCUUGGAGUUGGCGUUGCUGGCGCGAGAGGCUAGCUUUAAAGCGGCAUCUUUUGGACUGGACUUGGCGGGCAUAUAGCUAGUAUUCUACAUUGUAGCCGUGGAAAUCGAGUGCUUGUCCUCGGAUAGGGUCUCGGCCAUACAUUGCUAACUAGAUGGGUUCCCGCGUCAUAGAACGAGCACUCGCUAGGCUGAAUCCCUCGCGACGAAUGGAAUAGAUUGGAGGUCCACUCAGGACAGCAGUGUUUUCUGACCUAUACUCCUCCCCGUUUCAGCCACUUUCAUGAACGCUGUCAUGCAAGGGAGGAUAGAGAGCGAAGUCAGUUGGCGUCAUUUACUACUAUAAUACAUACCAGGUAUUUUCCGA